AUGAUUGGUUGGAGGACUCUAACGUUGAGACGAAGUACAAUGCAAUUUGAGCAGCUCCUGCUCGAUCACAUGAACCUAAGAAAUGUCAUUGCACCUGACCCCGGCGCGGCGGCGCCUCCGGGUGUCGCUGUUGGCCGCCGCCGAGCGGCGCUGGAGCCGCCGCCGCCGCCGCCGCAGCGUCCUGCCCCCGCAGGCUGCUCGCUCGCCCGGCGCCGGCCACAGCGGCAGCGGCACCGGCGGCAGCGGCAAGAGGCGGCGGAAAGCGGCGGAGAGAGGCGGAGAGAGGCGGGCAGCAGCGGCGUCCGAGUGCGGCCCGAGCGGCCUCGCCGCGCUGCCUUUCGGCGAUCCGUGCGGUGUGCGGCGAGAGCGGCCGGAAGGGAGCGGCGGGGCAGCGGCGGGAGGCAGCGGCGCGGCGAGCUGUGGCGGCGGAGAAUGGCGGUGAGGCUCGGGCGGAGGCUCGGCACGGGCGGCGGGCGAGCGCUGCCGGCCGCGGUGCUGCUGUGCCUGUGGUGGCGGGCGGCGGCCGAGCGGGUCCGCUACGCCAUCCCCGAGGAGCUGGGCAGAGGCUCGCUCGUGGGGCCGCUGGCGCGGGACCUGGGGCUCAGCGCGGACGAGCUGCCGGCGCGCAAGCUGCAGGUGGCGUCUGGCGGCAAGAAGCAGCUGAAAUACUUCACGGUGAAUGAGGAGAACGGGAACCUGUACGUGAAUGAGCGGCUGGACCGGGAGGAGAUGUGCGGCGCAGCUCCGACCUGCUCCGUCAGCUUCGAGGCUCUGGUGCACAACCCGCUGAACGUUUUCCACAUUGAGGUGUCCAUCGAGGACGUGAAUGACAACUCCCCGACCUUUAGCAACGCUGUUCUUAAAUUUGAUAUAGGGGAAUGGACUCCCGCCGGUGCUCGUUUUCCCCUGGAGGGUGCCCAAGACUUUGACUCAGGGAGCAAUUCGCAGCUGACUUACCGACUCACCAGCACCCCGUCUUUCUCUCUGGUCAUGAAGGAGAGCCCUGAUGGAAGUAAGCAGCCCGAAUUAGUGCUGGAGAAAGCGUUGGACCGGGAGAAGCAGAGCUCUUUUGAGCUGGUACUAACGGCGGUCGAUGCCGGAGAUCCAGUUAGAUCCGGAACUGUCAAGAUUCUCGUCAAUGUGACAGACGCCAACGACAAUCCACCCGUGUUCGGGCAGGAUGGGUACCGUGCCAGAUUGCGGGAGGACGCUGCCCCGGGGUCGAGAGUGUUAAACGUCUCCGCCUCCGACGCCGACAGCGGCAGCAAUGCUCGCAUAACUUACGGCUUCGGAAAAAUGCCUGCCAAGGUGCUUCAGAAGUUUAUAAUGGACACGGAGACCGGAAUGAUCACGCUGAAAGAGGCUUUGGACUUCGAGGACACGAGAGGCUAUACAUUACUGGUGGAGGCAAGGGACGGUGGCGGUCUGGUGGCUCAGUGCAAGGUGGUGGUGGAGGUCCUGGAUGUGAAUGACAACGCGCCCGAGAUCACAAUUUUGUCCCUCUCGAGUCCAGUGCCCGAGGACGCACCAGUCGGCACCGUGGUAGCCGUGCUGAAUGUGAACGACCCAGACUCGGGGGAGAACGGUCAGGUGUGGUGCGAGCUGUCGGGCGAGGCGCCGCUGUCGAUCGUGGCGUCGGCGGGCGGCUCGUACAAGGUGGUGACGGCGAGCGCGCUGGACCGCGAGCAGGCGUCCGAGCACCGCGUGACGGUGGUGGCCCGCGACCGGGGCAGGCCGGCGCUGCGGAGCAGCAGGGAGCUGGCGCUGGAGGUGUCGGACGUGAACGACAACGCGCCGGUGUUCGAGGAGGCGGCGUACAGCGCGUACGUGGCGGAGAACAACGCGGCGGGCGCGCUGGUGCUGCGCGUGCAGGCGCGGGACGCGGACGCGGGCGCCAACGGGCGCGUGAGCUACUGGCUGGCGGGCGGCAGCGCGGGCGCGGCGGGCGCGGCGCCGCUCGUGUCGGUGGAGGCGCGGAGCGGCGCGCUGUACGCGCAGCGCUCCUUGGACUACGAGCAGUGCCGCGAGUUCGCGGUGGCGGUGCGGGCGCAGGACGGCGGCGCGCCGGCGCGCAGCUCCACGGCCACGGUGCGCGUGUUCGUGCUGGACCGCAACGACAACGCGCCGCGGGUGCUGUGGCCGGCGGCGACAGCGGGAGGGGCCGCGGCGGCCGCCCCGACGGCGUUCGAGGUGGUGCCGCGCUCGGCCGAGGCCGGCUACCUGGUGGCCAAGGUGGUGGCGGUGGACGCGGACGCGGGGCGCAACGCGUGGCUGUCGUACGAGCUGGUGCAGGCGUCGGAGCCGGCGCUGUUCCGCGUGGGGCCGCACAGCGGCGAGGUGCGCACGGCGCGGGCCGUGUCCGAGCGGGACGCGGCCAAGCAGCGUGUGGUGGCCGUGGUGAAGGACCACGGGCGGCCGCCGCUGUCGGCCACGGCCACGCUGCACGUGGUGCUGGCCGAGAGCUUGCAGGAGGCGCUGCCGGAGCUGAGCGAGCGGCCGGCGGGCGCCGAGGAGGCGGCGGCGGCCGAGCUGCAGUUCUACCUGGUGCUGGCGCUGGCGCUGCUGUCGGCGCUCUUGGUGCUGAGCGUGGCUCUGGCCGUGCUGGCGCGGCUGCGCCGGGCCGGGCCGCCCGCCGUGCUGCGCUGCCUGGGCGCGCAGCGCUUCUCGGUGGCCGGCGCCGCCUUCCCGGCCGACUUCUGCGAGGGCACCUUGCCCUACUCCUACAACCUGUGCGUGGCGGCGCCGGCCCGCGCCGUGCCCGAGGCCUCUUGGCCCCCGCCGCCGCCGCCGCCGGUGCCCGUGCUGUCAGCGGAGGAGCUUCUGGGCGGCGAGUCCUGCGAGAAGCCGAGCCCCGACGACAGCGCUAUUGUGGAUGAGGUGCCCACUGAGCCGGGAGCAGCUCAGGCGGUGUCCGUGCUGUCUGCGGUGGAGCUUCUGGGCGGGGAUUCCUGCGAGAAACCGAACCUGAGUAGUGGCGCCGUGACGGGAGGGUUGCCCGCCGAGGCUGAAGUACCUCAGAAGAGCUGGAUGUUAGACAAGUCGAGGAAGAAGGUCCGCGAUGCACGGGACCCCACGUCUCUGGGGUUUCUGUCCCGUUCCCGCGAGUUCUCCGUGGACAAGGAAGCACCGCAGCGCUCGGUGCUGCAGUGCCGGGAGGAGGCUGCGGGCGCCGCUGUUGACCGAGAGGAGCGAGAGGAAGCUCGGAGCGCUGCAGCCCCGCCCGCUGCGGGCCCGCUCCAUCACUAG